GAUCGCCAAUGAUUAUUGGUGGCUCCAUACACAGCCCGUCACAAACUUCACUUGGGAGAUCGAUUUGAGACCAGCAGUCGAGAAAUGGUAAUUGACUUGCACGUGUUGUGAUCAGCGGAACAUAGAAUCUGCUCCCUGGCGACGAGAUGUCGGCUGUAGGUAUCGCCAUAUCUGGCUUUCCCACAGAAGCGGGCACAUAUGUAGUACAGCACGAUCUUAUUACGACCAAUAAUGAACACGUUGAACUCAAAGAAAUUUGGCCAUGUGGCCAGCAAGAAGAUGCCUCUGAUCAUUCCUAUCUCUCGGUUCCGGUAGUGCAUUCUUGUGAUCCCCGGUUGACGUCGUCACAAGAAUAUUGGCGUUACCGGCGCCCAGCUCCUUGCAUUGCCAUUUCAAUAUAGGGCCGUACUAGAUCAUAUCUGCAUCUUUUUGACCUUGCCCAGAAUUCGGCAGGACAAAUUUGACACAACAUGAAGGUCUAUACAGUGCUCGCACUGUUGCUCCCGCUCAGCACCGCAUCACCAUUACAGGUUUCCGAGCGACACCAACCCUCCCCACUGGAUGUACACGACCGCCACUCUCAACAGUCCGAACCGAUCAAUCCCCAACAGCCUUGGCGAAGAUGUCCAUAUAACCUCCCACCAAACUGCCAAAGAUGCCCUCUGGACUGGCGCUGCACCGCCUCACCAGACAUCCAAUCCAAGCAUGACUCUGGAAACGCCUUCUGGCCAUUCUUGGACCUGCCGCCAGGUUUCGAAAACAAGCCGGGUUCAAGGCCUGUCAAUCGCCCGUGGCCGAAAACUUGGGCUUACGAUCCUUCUGAACCUGCAGCCUUGACGGGCCCUCAGCUUGCCGACUUUGAUGGCGGAGACGCGCCAACGGAUGUGCAUCUCGAUAAACCUGAUAUCCCUGAAGGCCAAAGCAACGAGAAGCCACAGAAUGAUGCGGCGGGACAGCAAGAGGUUGGAGUGAAGCAACCGGCGACUGGUGCAAUAAACAUGCCAGGCGCUGUCAUCGAUGAAAGAUUAGCCUCAGACUAUGUCGCUGGAGUCGCUGAUCCCGAAGCUGUUGGAGAGGAGUUUUGAUAUUGUGACUCACGGCGUUUUCAUUAACAUAUGUUGGGGGCCAAAUGGUUCAAUUACAUGUCAAGGCGGAAACUAAUGUUAAUGAAAUGGAAGUAAUGCCAUAGUCUUAUGAUACGAGAUGGUCCUAUUUUAUACAAUGAAAUCUAUUAUUGCCU